AUGGUUAUGCUGAGCGAACAACCUUUCCGGUCGAGUUUGCAGGUGGCGCCCCUCACAAUCCAGAAAUCCAGGUCCGGCUCGACUGGCGAUGCAUCGACAACCGACGCCUCUUCUUCCACCAAUCCUUACCAACGAUCAGAGAUGACUCCCCCGGCCACCCCCGAGGGGUCGCAGGAGGACCUCAACUCGCCUUCGAACCCACCGCCCGUCUUCCACAACUUCCUGCGAGCAUUCUACCCCUUCCAUCCCAGCUAUGCCAUGACCGACUCCGCCGUCACAUUACCGCUAAACGAGGGCGACAUCGUCCUGGUGCAUUCUAUACACACAAAUGGCUGGGCCGACGGCACAUUACUGGUGUCGGGCGCGCGAGGAUGGCUGCCCACCAACUACUGCUACGCCUACGACCCCGACGAGAUGCGGAAUCUGCUCAAGGCCCUCCUCAACUUCUGGGACUUGUGCCGCAGCACAGCCGUCAACGACAGCGAGAUCUUUGGCAACCAGGAGUUCAUGAAGGGCAUCAUUGCCGGCGUGCGCUAUCUUUUGGAACGGACACAUUGUUUGACCCGCGAAUCAUCGGUCGUGCAACGCCACGAUGGGCUGCGCAGGGGCAGGAAAUCGCUACUUUCCGAACUAUCAGCCCUGGUCAAGACAGCUAAGCGCUUACAGGAGCAGCAGAAGAUAUCCAGCCCCACCGACGCUGUCAACGACACCGUCGAUGAGAUGAUACUAAAGGCCUUCAAGAUUGUCACCAAGGGCGUCCGAUUCCUCGACAUCCUGGAAGAGGACAGGCAAUCACGGGCACCGGCCGUGACCUUGAUGCCGACGGUAAUGGAGGAAAACUACGUCCCGCCGACGCCACCCGCAGACGCGACAAGUUUUGACGACGACCGGAGUACAAUCAAGUCCCAUGAUGCAGGUUCCCGUGCGGGCGACAGCGGAUUGGCUCCCGAGUCACCCACAGCCGGAGCUAGUGAGGAAACACAAAUAGGCAGUCCCGCCAGCGACCGUUUGUCAACCGGACGCUCCGCUGGCACAGGUGCACGGCUGUCUCAGAACAGCCAGAGGGCUGUCAACUUUAGCCGCCUGUCGUCCAGUAUUGCUCACCGGGUCUCUCUCGCUGGCCCCUCGCCGCUAUCAAGGCCGCAGCACCUUGUCUCGGAGCGUCUCACCGCCAGCCAUGACACUUUCCUCUCGCACCUUGGCUCAUUCAUCGGCCGAUUGCACCUCCAGUCACAGUCGCGACCACACCUCGCACUGGCCAUCAAGCAGUCGGCUACCUCCGGCGGAGAGCUCCUGGUGGUUGUCGACGUUGUGUGCGCCCACAGUUCUCUAACCAAGGAGCUAUUAGAACAACCCCGAGCUGCCAUGUACGACCGCGUUUUAGAUCUCGUGCACGCCGCCCGCGAUAUUUUGCACCAAGACAAUGGCCCCGAGCUGGCCGAAAUCAUCAUGACCGAGGACAACAGCAGACUCUUGUCUGCUGCGACCGGCUGCGUCAGGGCCACCGGCGAGUGUGUCGCCAAGACGAAAUGGGUCAUUGAGAGGAUAGGCGACUUUGAGUUCGAGCUGGAAGAUGGUACUAUGGGACUUGACCUGGAUCUUGGGGCUCUGGACAUCGUCGGAGAAGAGCGUGAAAGGUCUGGAAGCAUUGUCUCCAUCCCCGCCUCAAUCCACAAGCCCUUGCCGAAGGACAAGCCCCUGCCACAAGUCCCGUAUUCAGCAUACCCCGACAGUGAUGACACCGAGCCUCUUGUCAUGCCACUCCCACCUCGGCGGGAAUCACUCCUCUUCUCCGAUGGUAAUACCUCCGACAGCGCAACAUCAGUCUCCUCAAUCCGCCCCAGCCUUCCGCCACUACCUAAGCUGUCGACAUCCUUCGCGCCCGAAGACUAUAGCCCGACCAACUCCGCCAACCCCGAAAGCGAGGGGCGAUCCUCCUACCAGCGCGAAAGCCUGAAUGCCACCAGCUCUGCAAACAGCAGUGCUUACCUCAACAGAGGCUCUGAAUCAAGCCUCCUGUCUCAGACAUCCACCCGCGCCACCACACCAGACCAGCAUCUCGGACCCAAGCUUCAACCAUCGAUCUCUGAACUGAGCACCACCAGCAAUAAUGGCGAGGAGGUCGAAGAGGUGGAGUCAAGGCUCCUGGAGAAGACCUAUGCGCAUGAGCUCAUGUUUAACAAGGAAGGUCUGGUUGUCGGUGGCUCCCUGCCGGCCUUAGUGGAGCGUUUGACCACCCACGUAUCCACACCUGACGCAUUGUUUGUCUCGACCUUCUUCCUGACAUUCAGACUCUUCUGUACCCCGACGAAACUCGCCGAGGCUCUGAUUGACCGUUUCGAGUACGUCGGUGACUCGCCGCAUAUGUCUGGGCCGGUCCGCUUGAGGGUGUACAACGUCUUGAAGGGUUGGAUGGAGUCACAUUGGCGAGACGAGACGGACCACAAGGCACUGGAGCUGAUUAAGCUCUUCGCUGAGUCUAGGCUUCACUCGGCCUUGCCUUCAGCUAGCAAGCGCCUCCUCGACCUUGUGCAACGUGUCUCUUCUACAGAUACAACCCUUGUACCUCGCUUCGUCUCGUCCAUGGGCAAGAACAACGCCGCCGUUUCGCAGUACAUAGCAGUGGACACGCCGAUGCCGGCACCAGCACUCACCAAGAGCCAAGCGCAUACCCUGGUCGCCUGGAAGGCUGGCGGAAGCUGCCCAACGAUUCUGGAUUUCGAUCCUCUGGAGAUUGCUCGCCAGAUCACAGUUAAGCAAAUGGGCAUCUUCUGCUCUAUCCUGCCGGAGGAGCUACUCGGAUCUCAAUGGAUGAAGAAGGGUGGCGUGGGUUCACCCAACGUCAAGGCUCUUACUGCCCUGUCUACUGAGCUGUCCAACCUAGUCGCUGAGAACGUUCUGCACUACAACGAGGUCAAGAAGAGAGCCGCUGUUAUCAAGCAGUGGAUCAAGAUUGCCCACCAGUGUCUCGAGCUCAACAACUAUGACGCGCUAAUGGCCAUCAUCUGCAGCCUGAACAGCUCAACUAUCACACGCCUGCGCAAGACGUGGGACAUUGUGUCACCCAAGCGGCGCGAGAUGCUCAAGGCUCUCCAGGCUAUCGUUGAGCCAGCCCAGAACCACAAGGCGCUCCGCGCGCGCCUCGCCGACCAUGUCCCACCUUGCCUUCCCUUCCAGGGCAUGUUCCUGACCGACCUGACCUUCGUUGACAUUGGCAACCCAGCUACGAAGCAACUGCAGGGCGAGGACGGCAACGACAUGACUGUUGUCAACUUCGACAAGCACACGCGCACGGCCAAGAUCAUCGGCGACCUCCAGCGAUUCCAGAUCCCCUACCGGCUCACCGAGCUGCCCGACAUGCAGGAGUGGCUCCAAUCCGAGCUGGAACGCGUCCAUGACUCGGACCCGAAGAGCAACGUCCAGGUCAGUUACUACCGCAAGAGUCUCUUGCUGGAGCCGAGGGAGAACCAGAUCCCGCGGACUCCAGUGGAGGGCCCCGGUGGUGUGAAUGCGCAGGGCAUGUUCACCUGGAGGAAGAUUGGGACGUCCAACUCAAAGACUAUGAACAGCGCGCUCACCAAUGACUCCUCUUAA